UUUAGUUAAGUGCAUACUAAGGCGAUGACAUAAAGUACUAUUCCACAAACAUUUACAUGACAGCUCUGAUUGUUUUGCUUUUCGGUUUCAUAGGUGGUAAGGCUACAACCGUAUCUUUCUAUUACAACCAAAGCUCCUCCACAAGACAGACGCAAGUUCGUAUAAAUAAUUCACUAAAUCUGCAGGACAAAGUUUGAGGUUUGAAGUUAUUUCGCGCCGAAGUUGAUCAUCUUCCCAACCGCGGUUAUACAACUUUGGACAUUGCCAGCAAUGCUUGCUGUACAUUCAGAACAAGGUGGUACAGUCGAACAUAAAGGUAGGAGUACUAAUGGGAGCAAAAUUUACAAAAAGAUCGAGCUCGGACAACUUACUCCUCAUAAUAUCAAGCAAUUCAGAUUGAUAAAUCAAACUGUAUUCCCAGUCACAUACACAGAGAAAUUUUAUAGUGAUGUUCUAAAGAAUAGUAAGAUGUGCAGACUUGCCUACUUUAAUGAUAUCGUCGUUGGAGCUGUUAGUUAUCGGGUAGAGAAUGUUGUUGUGAAGAAUGUCGAUUUGGCUACGGAUGAUAAUAACGGCCAAGCUAAUCAAACUAUCAAGAAGUGUUAUAUUAUGACUUUGGGAUGUCUUGCACCAUACAGAGGCUACGGUGUUGGUACGCUUAUGUUAAAACAUGUCAUUAAGAGCUGUUUAAAGCACGGUGGUAUUAAAAGUAUUUAUCUGCAUGUUCAUGUUGGUAAUGAAGGCGCAGUAGCGUUCUACAAACGUUUCGGUUUUGAAAUAACUGGAGAAGUUAGUGAUUACUACCGCCGUAUUCAUCCUCAAACUGCCUACGUGCUCGAAAGGUCCUUAUCAGCUACAGAAGCUAGGGAAUCCGACUCUGAAUCCGAUUAA